UCGCAUGUGAAAGUGUUAAAUUACAUUGUCUACUCGUCACUGUAAACAAAAAAAUGAUGCUGGCGCAGAUUGUGCUUGUACUUUGUUUGGCUGCCAUGGCAAGUGCAGCUGAUGAUUGUCCUACAGUGCCAAAUUGCGCUCAAUACGCAGUCAUGUGCCCCCGGAACUAUGAGCCGGUGUGUGGUACCGAUGGAAAAACAUACCCAAAUGAGUGCGUGCUGUGUAUGGGAAUUUUAGAGAAAAGGGACAUCAUAUUAAUUUCCAAAUUGGGCAAAUGCUAAGCCAGAUCCACUCGUUUUAUUCUGGAUGGGACAUGAAGGCUGGAACCACAUGUUGAUCUUCAAUGGUUUUAGUCACAAACUAAAAAAAAUGUUCCUUUUUAAAGUAUUGUGAUCUUUAAAUAAAGUAUUGAUAUACAA